AUGAAAACUAACUUGUCGCUUCGUCAAAUUGGUACUUUAUUUCGUGUUGAUUGUCCUGACCAAGAUAUUCGGAAAAGAGUAUCUGAUUCAUUUCAUUCAGUGACCGCUGCAUUUGAAAAAGUCAUUGUGCCGCAACACCUUGGCAUCGAACAUUUAACGAGAGAAAUGGCCUUAAGUCAUCAAACAGCAUAUACAAAAGCAUUUUAUGGAGAUAAUAUUUGUCUCAUUUGGGACGGCACCGACUUUUACUUCGACAGAAGUGACGACCAUGAACUAUAG